UUUAAAGUUGUCUGUUGGAGCCGUUGAAGCUGUGAGCAGUGUGUGGUGUUGAAUGAGACCAAAGCAAUGCGAAUACUAGUAUUUCUGUUAUUAGUAGCUAUCCAGGUAUGAACAGGAAACGGGCUCUGAUUUCAGAAACUUUCAAGGUAAAGAAAAUAAGAAAUGGCCCUCAGAAGUUUGGAGCUGUCAGUGAUGGUGAAGGACCGACUGACAUCAGAUCCACAAUGGAGUACAUCAUGACCCUGUUCCCCCGAAAGAUCUUCAAUGACACCUUACCUCAAAUUGUACUCAAGCACCAACUGUACAGCAUACACGAUGACAAGACCAUGGUGGACAAGGAAGUGAAUAAACUACGCGAACAAGGAGAACUUCUGAUGUUCCAGCUCGGCUUUGAUGCAGAAGCUUUUGGGCUGGUUUUCGCCUCGGACUACAAGGCCAAAGUGUUGGCAGGAGAGGAGGGCAGAGUGACGCAAGGGACAGUGGAGAAGUUCUUAGAGAAAGUGUUGUCGCCUUGCACGGAUCUGAGCUUCAGCAAAGACAAGAUGCUUAGAGAAUUCCUCUUCACAGACUCUGAGAUAACGCAGCUGGUGAAGUCAGGGGUGUUGACUGUGAGGGACGCAGGCAGCUGGUGGCUCUCCAUUCCCAACUCUGGCAAAUUCACCAAGUACUUCAUACAAGGUCGUAAAGCCGUGCUCGGCAUGGUGAAGAAGUCCAAAUAUAGCGAAGUCUUAAAGGCAGAGCUGGAGGAGCGGCGAACAACCUCGCAAGUGAAAUUCCACAUGAAAUACCACAUUCAUGACAUUGUUGGUGCAGAGCUGGUAGAAAGCAUACCUACAACUUCAGGGACAUUGUUACGAUUUGUUGAUUCCUGAACCACUACACCAUGACUGAUAUCAGCGUCCGGUCGAAGCCAGUGAGAGACUGAAGAUGAGAAAUGCCUUAGAAACACAAAUAUAGUGACAAAUUGUUAAUAUGAGGAUUAUGAACAAAUUUAAUUUAAGGUUUCAGAUUUUGUUUCUGUGCCAAAUAUAUUAUAAAAACCUUGUGGGUUUAUGAAUUGUCAAUUAUGUUGACAUGACCUUGUCAGGUUUUGGUUUUUCUUGUAAAAUGAUGUAAAAUGUUUUUUCCCCUCAUGAGAAUUAUCACACCGUUGAUAAAACCAUCCCAACUGUG